UCUUCCCACUUUUAUUGUUUAUGGAACACAGGACAAGAAGUACCGAUGUGUAGUCUAAGUGAAAUUUAUUGAAAAAUACAGUAUUUAAAGUAUUUAUUGAUUAAAUUAACACACAAUGGAGUUAAACGACGUGAUUGUAAAUCAACCCGUCGUUAUAGACAACGGCUCCGGAGUCAUUAAAGCGGGCUUUGCUGGCGACCAGAUACCAAAAUGCAGAUUCCCAAAUUACAUCGGCCGCCCAAAACACGUGCGUGUGAUGGCGGGCGCGCUAGAAGGCGAGCUGUUCGUGGGCCCUCGCGCUGAAGAGCACCGUGGCCUGCUCAGCAUCAAAUACCCCAUGGAGCAUGGCAUUGUCACUGACUGGAAUGAUAUGGAGAAAGUGUGGAAUUAUAUAUACAGCAAGGAUCAGCUGUCUACUUUCUCGGAGGAGCACCCAGUGCUGCUGACGGAGGCACCUUUGAACCCUCGCCGCAACAGGGAGAAGUCAGCAGAGGUGUUCUUUGAGACGUUCAACGUGCCCGCGCUGUUCCUGUCCAUGCAGGCUGUGUUAAGUUUAUACGCGACAGGGCGUACGACAGGCGUGGUGCUGGACUCCGGCGACGGCGUCACCCACGCAGUGCCCAUCUACGAGGGGUUCGCGAUGCCGCACAGCAUCAUGAGGGUGGAUGUGGCCGGACGUGACGUCACGCGGUAUCUCAGACUGCUCCUGCGCAAGGAGGGCGUGAACCUGCGCACGUCUGCGGAGCUGGAGAUCGUGAAGGCCAUCAAGGAGCGCGCCUGCUACCUCUCACCCAACCCGCUCAAGGAGGAGACGCUCGAGACGGAGCGCGCGCAGUACACGCUGCCCGACGGCACGCAGCUCGAGAUCGGGCCGGCGCGGUUCCGAGCGCCAGAAGUGCUGUUCAGACCUGAUCUCAUUGGCGAGGAGUGUGAAGGACUCCACGAGGUGCUGAUGUUCGCUAUCCAGAAGUCUGACAUGGAUCUGCGAAAGGUGCUGUACCAGAACAUCGUGCUGAGCGGCGGCUCCACGCUGUUCCGAGGGUUCGGAGACAGGCUGCUGGCCGAGAUACGGAGGCUGGCGCCCAAGGACAUGAAGAUCAGGAUCUCAGCACCACAAGAGCGUCUCUACUCUACGUGGAUAGGCGGUUCUAUUCUCGCGUCGCUCGACACAUUCCGCAAGAUGUGGGUCUCUAAACGCGAGUACGACGAGGAGGGACACCGCGCCGUGCACAGAAAAACAUUCUAAAAUGUUAUAUAUACAUAAUCAAAUCCGAUGAAUGUAUGAAAAGUGUUUAAAUAUUUUGAUUCGAAAAACGAAUCGAUCAAUCCAGAUAGCUAUCGUUAGAUCGAUUCUGAAAAUAAAUCAUAAAAUGAGAGUUGCUAUUAGAAGUAUACAUUUUCAUGGUCCAGGGAUAUGGACCAAAAUCGCUUGUCUUUAAUUGUUAGAUGUAAUCAGACGACUAUCUGCCCUUAACUGGCAGGAAUGUUAAUAUAUAUCUAUGAAAAGACCGUCAUACGCACCUUUACGGUCUAAUAUUCAGUUAGUUAACUAAGUAGGAUCUAUAAUUCAAAAUUGUGUUGUGCCUCGUCGAUUAUACGGCCUUAUUAAUAUGCUUAGCCAAACAAACCUGUCAUAUAUUCAUCGGCUUUGAUAAAUAACUUAUUUUAGUCGCAUUAAUCGUAUGCUAAGCGAAGAUUGUAUGUAUGUUUGUAUUUGAAGUUAGCGCGGGCAGUCAACAGAUGGCGUUGUUAUCAAACGCUAGUGAAGUUAGCGAAUGUCGGCGCGGAAAUAUAAGUACCCUCAGUGAAUGAAAAAAAAAUCUUUUAUAUUCUGUAUUUAUUCAAAUAUUUUCAUGUAUCAAAGGGCUUGAAUCAAAUCGUUAAUUAAAAUAGUUUAUUCUUAAAGGUGCAGAAAGUGACAGAUUUGUUUUCAUGUCUGUCCUGCAUGUACAAUGCUGAAUUAUGUAAAAAUUCCAUUCCUUAUUCGUGUAGUGCUUACGUUCCGUGGAUAAAACUUGAAUAACAGAAAUAGUAUGAAAUUGCUUUUUAUGCAUACUACUCAAAGUGCAAAUAAUCAGUUGUGUGUGGAAUAUAGUUUCUCAUACUAAGUAAUAUACA